GAGAGAGAGACUCAGCCUUUCUAGAUCACUAACCUGUCCCUCAUUUUCAGCAUCUUCUCUGUUCAGACCCAUGGCUGCCGCUGAGGUGGCCGUUUCCCCGGCGAUUCUUGGACUUCGUGAUCUUCUCUCCAAGCCCGAAGACACCAUCGUCUCUAAAAGAUUAACCGAUCAAAUCUCUGACUCCAUAAGCAAACUCCAGGAGAUCCUGAAACACGCUGAGGUCAACGAUGACCGCAACCAAGAAACUCGGAGAUGUGAGGAACAGCUUCUGCUUCAGGCUCGUAGAGCUGAGCAGAUUGCAGAAGAAUUCCUUGUGAAAUUGUCCCGACAUCAGAUGUCGAAAUUGCAAAAGGGUCGAUUCACCAAGUUGUUUGGUUUAGUUCGGUUCUUCUUGGUAAUGAACCGAGGAAGUGCCAGGAAAAAGAUGGCUGAGGAUUUCAUGACAAAAGUCCGAUCGUUAUUCAGCGAGUUCACAUCAUCCCGGCCUCCUGCUAAAGGCCUGCUGGGCACUGAAAGGGCAUCAUCUUCGUCAUCGAGCAAGAGGAAUCAAGAAAAUAAGAGGCAGAGGGUCGAGUUCGAUAUCGUGGGCCGUGACAAGUACGUAGAACGUCUUCGGGUCUGGUUGGUCAAAGAUGACGACUCCAACCUACGGGUGAUCUCGGUGGUUGGCCAACAAGCCUGUGGCAAGACCGCACUGGUGAGGAGUGUCUUCAGCGAGCCAAAAAUCAAGCAUCACUUUGAUUGUCGCGCUUGGGUCCGUGUCCCGGACCAUGGGGAGGAGUCUGACCGGAUGAAGAGCCUCCUGGUGGACAUACUGAAACUGACACCACUCCAAGGUCAGGUGAAAGACUUGGAACACAAGCAAGAGGAGCAACUGUUCGAGAUGCUUCAUAAAUCGUUGAUGGACAUUAAGUACUUGAUAGUUUUGGAUAAUUUGUGCGAGGGCAGUCUCAUCAACAAGCUCUUGGUCCCAUUCGUGGACUCUAUGAAUGGAAGCAGAGUCAUUUUCACUACUCCGAAUGCAGAAUUGCAAAAGUUUGCAGACCCUUGGACGCUUCAUCUCCAAUUACUCCCCGACAUGACCAAUGAAGAGUGCAAGAAAUUGCUGCGGGUAAGCAUCCCGGGAGAUGACAACUCAGCAUCGGAGAUGACCACCCUCGAGCAGAGAAUUCUGAGCAAAUGCAAUCGAUCUCCUCCAGUGAUCUCACUGCUAGGAGGACUUUUGUCUGCUGUCAAAGAGAGCAAUUGGGUGGCUCUCAUCGAUCGGCUUGGAGAACGUCCCACCCUCGAUGAUGUCAUGCGCUUGAGCUUCGACGAAUUGUCUUACAUGAUGAAGCUAUGUGUUCUCAAUAUGGCUCUCUUUCCUAAGGAGUCUGAGGUCCCCACAAGGAGGCUUUUCGGGCAAUGGGCUGCUGAGGGGUUGUUGGCAGAGGUGGCUGCUGAUGGUUCGGUCCAGAUGCGGUCCGCAGCGGACUGUUUUCACGAAUUAAAGAGCAGGAACUUGAUUCACGCGGUACGGUGGAAACUGGAUGGAAGUGCCCGAUCAUGUCGCAUGCCUGCUUUUCUUCACGAAUUUUUUUUAGCAAAAGCAAAAGAAUUGGGACUUCCUCGGAUCCGUCCCAGCUCUGACUCUGACUCAGAGGAAGAAUCGAGGGGCAUGGACCCCGUUGCCGAGCAGAGCGCCCAGAAUCAACAGAAGCAAGCACAAAACAAAGCGGCAGGACAUUAUGGUUACCAGGUCCAAUUCCUUCGGUCUUUUGCAUCGUUUAACACCCGUAAGCUAGGAACGCAAGCAAGAGAGAUCGAAGAUCUUCUUAAAUCAAUUAAAUUAGCCUGGGGCCCAUGUUUGCUGAGGGUACUUGAUCUGGAGGGUGUUUACAAGCCUGUGCUCCCAGAGAACUUUGGAAAUAUACUGUGUAACCUAAGAUACUUGGGAUUGAGAUGGACGGUUCUGGAUUCGAUUCCGGAAUCAGUCGGGAAUCUGUUGCUCCUGGAAACCUUAGAUCUGAAGCACACCAACAUAACCAAAGUGACGAGCGCCAUUUGGAAUGCGAAGAAUCUCCAACAUCUGUACCUGAGUGAAGCAUCGUUCGAUGAGUCCAUCCCACUCCAUAUUAUAUCAGGAUGCUCUCCAAACACUAAACUCGAGACACUAUGGGGUCUGUCCAUAAAAACUGAUAAGAGCCCCAUGAUAAGUGCGUUGAAGAAUCUGCAAGGCCUGAAGAAGCUGGGCGUGACGUGCCGUCCCGGAGCAGUGCAGGUGAUGAAAGAAAUUGUUUCGACACUGACCGGGCUCAAGUCCCUGAGAUUGAGAUCGAGGGACCUGUUAGGCCAGCCUGCAAGGCUCGAUUUGAGUGACAUGAACUGGCCCGAUUCUCUUUCAAACUUGUAUUUGCUCGGAUCAUUGCAGUCUGUACCGGACUCCUUGUCAAUCUGUUGCAGGAAUCUGAAAGCGCUUACCUUGUCGACGUCGAGACUGGAAGGCAAUCAGAUGGAGGCCCUAAAGGACCUGGAAAAUUUGAUUGUUCUCAGGUUAUUGGCUCGAUCGUUCACUGGCACAAGGUUGUGCUGCCCCGGAGAAUAUUUUCCAAAACUCUGCGUCCUAAAACUAUGGAUGCUCGAGGAAUUAAAUGAAUUGGUAGUCGAGGAAGGCGCCAUGUGUGAACUCAAAGAGCUGGAAAUCAGGCAAUGCAAGAAUCUAGCGAAAGUUGCUGGCUUACGACCCAUCGGCAGCCUGGAAACUGUCAGUCUUACGGGAGUUAAGGAAAAGCUUGCCAAUGAUGAUAGUCUUGGAGUUUCCAGAGACAUUGUCAAUGCAAAGGAGUUAAUACCCGAGGAAGAGAGCCAGCGAGAAACAGACGAGCAUUGACGUCGGCCCGGAUUCAUCAGCUUCCCGCAAUGAAUGUUUUCAUGCUCAUAAACAAGAGCAUUCAUAUGCUCCUAUGUGCUUCAUUUACUUCCUUUCCUGUCUCUCUCUGUGUGUAUUUUCUACAUUGUAAUUCAUGGCAAAUGCUACUUCAGCCAGAGUCUCAUGACUUUCCUCUUUUGGGAUUGUGAGUGGAAAAUGUUAAGAGCUAGCUUAGUAUAUUUAACGAAAAUUUAUAAAUUGCAGUU